AUGGAAGUACAACCAGAAUCUGCUAAAAGUGCAACUGGAAACUUACCAUUGUACGCAAAAUUUACAUGUGAUGUGCAGUUAAAAGACACAAUUAGAACACUUACGUACUUCGUUACAACGAUCGAUUUGAACGUAUUCGGAUUGGACUGGAUAACUGCUUUUCAACUUAGCGAUAUGACGCUUAAUGCUAUUUGCAGCCAAAUUUCAACAACAAAACAGGCAAGUAAUGUUUCAAUAAAGUCGUCAAAUUGCAAAUUUCUUCCGGAAAAAUUAUUUCCAGAACUUUUCGAUAAUGCUAUGGGUCUUUGUAAUAAAACUAAGGCACAUUUAAUUAUUAAACCAAACUGUCAACCUGUUUUUCGACCUAAACGCCCGGUAGCAUACGCAGUUCAACAUUUGGUUGAAGAAGAAAUUAAGCGACUUCAAGAUCUCGACAUUAUCGCACCCAUCAAUUACUCUGACUGGGCCGCACCAAUCGUAGUUAUCAAAAAGCCAAAUGGUAGCAUUCGUAUUUGCGCUGAUUUCUCAACUGGUCUUAACGACGCGCUUGAAUCUUACAAGUAUCCACUACCGCUUCCAGAGGAUAUUUUUGCAAAAAUUAGCAAUGCAACAGUUUUUAGUCAUAUAGACCUUUCGGACGCUUUUCUCCAAAUCGAAGUUGAUAGCAAAUCGCAAGAACUUCUCACAAUAAACACGCAUCUAGGUUUAUUCAAAUACAAGCGUAUGGUUUUUGGCGUCAAAACUUUUCCGGCAAUUUUCCAACAAAUUAUGGAUAAAAUGCUUGCGGGUUUAGAUUGCGCAGCAGCUUACAUUGACGAUAUCUUUGUCUCAGGUAGAAACCAACAAGAGCAUGACAACAACUUACAUGAAGUUCUACAACGUAUUUAUCAAUACGGGUUUAAACUCAAGAUCGCAAAAUGCAAUUUUUCAGUUCCUGAAAUUGCUUACUUGGGAUAUAUUGUCAGUAAAGACGGCAUUCGCCCAGAUCCAAAAAACAUUGAAGCAAUCAAGACAAUGCCUGCUCCAACCAAUCAAUCCGAACUUAGAUCACUCUUAGGUGCUAUCAAUUUUUAUGGAAAAUUCAUAAAUCACAUGCGCAAAUACCGAGGACCAUUAGGCGAACUACUUCAAAACAACAAGCAGUGGCAAUGGACGGAACUUCAUCAACGCUGUUUGGAUGGUUUCAAGCAAAUUUUGUCAUCAGAGUUAUUAUUAGCGCAUUACGAUCCACUAAAAAACAUAGUAGUCGCUGCAGAUGCAUCUAACUAUGGGCUCGGAGCUUGCAUUUUUCAUGAAGCUGACGACGGUUCAAUGAAAGUAAUAUGUCAUGCGUCCAGAUCACUAACGCCCACAGAAAAACAAUAUAGCCAAAUAGAAAAAGAAGCUCUUGCGCUUAUUUUCGCGGUUACGAAAUUUCACAGAAUGGUUUUUGGGAGAAGAUUCAAACUUCAAACAGAUCAUAAGCCUCUUCUAGCUAUAUUUGGUGAUAAAACGGGAAUUAAGGUGUAUCAAGCAAAUAGACUUCAACGUUGGGCAAUUAAACUGAUUGCAUACGACUUCGAAUUAAAGUUUAUUUCAACUAACAGUUUUGGGUAUGCAGACGUUUUAUCACGACUCAUACAUAACACAAUCAAUCCUUCAGAAGACUAUGUCAUCGCUGCAGUAGAGUUUGAAAUUGAAAGUAAACAAAUUUUACAUAACUCACUUGAUAAGCUGCCGCUUACCAGCAAAAUGAUUACUUACGAAACAGCUAAGGACAAGGUUUUAGCUAAAAUUCUCGAAUAUGUAACUGAAGGAUGGCCAUAA